GGCAAGUGAAAAAUCUGGAGGAGUAGAAGAAGAAGCUGGAGCAGCUCAUUCUUCCCCACACUUGUUGUUUUUUCAACCCCACCCAUGGUUUGAAGUCGCUGUCGCUGUUAGCAGCCAUUAAAUCUUCCCCAUCUCCACCGCGUUGCCAUAUACCCUGCCAAGAUCCAGUUUUUCUUUUCUGACCACAGUCUCAGUACUGCUGGAGGAGUGGUCUGCGCUCAUGGCUCUCCUCCUCCUCGCCUCCAUCGCCGUCUCCAUGCUGCAUUGGGGCGGCAAUGCUCAGCCUUCCCCAGGCUACUACCCCAGCAACAGGUUCAAGCCCUUGCCAGGCUUCUACCAUGGCUACAGCAAUCUAUGGGGGGCUCCGCACCAGAUUGUCUCAGGAGACCAGUCCUCAGUCACCCUUUGGUUAGACAGGAGCUCAGGCAGCGGAUUCAAGUCCAACCGACCCUAUCGAAGUGGCUAUUUUGCUGCCUCCAUCAAGCUCCAAGCAGGCUACACGGCUGGGGUCAUCACUGCUUUCUAUCUCUCAAACGACCAGGCGCAUCCUGGAUCCCAUGAUGAGGUAGACAUCGAGUUCAUGGGGAACACUCCGGGGAAGCCUUACAGGCUGCAGACAAACGUGUACAUCAGGGGAACCGGCGACCGGAGAUACGUCGGCAGGGAGAUGAAGUUCCACUUGUGGUUCGACCCUACUGUCGAUUUCCACAACUAUGCCAUCCUGUGGAACCCAAAUGAAAUCAUAUUCUAUGUGGAUGACAUACCGAUAAGGAGGUAUCCAAGAAAGAGUGCCGACAUCUUCCCGAUGCGGCCGAUGUGGAUGUAUGGCACCAUAUGGGAUGCGUCCGCCUGGGCCACGGACAGGGGCAAGUACAGGGUGGACUACAGGUACCAGCCCUUCGUCUCCCGGUUCACCAAGUUCAUCAUCCGAGGCUGCUCGGCCUUCGCCCCGCCGAACUGCCGGGUGGCGCAGUCGUCGCCGAUGGGCUCGGGGCUCAGCCCGCAACAGUACUCUGCCAUGCGAUGGGUCCAGAACAACUACAUGGUGUACAACUACUGCACCGACCCUGGCAGGGAUCAUUCCCGGACACCAGAGUGCUAUUGAGUAGCUACAUCGUCUGCCCUGUUCUGGCCUCAGUGUGUUUGGUAAAAGAAGAAGAGUUCACUCUCUUCCUGGUUAAGGUGGAAGAGUCUUAUGUUUUGAGAUGCCAAGGUGCAUGGUGGUGUAUUAUUAUUUCAUAUUUUUCAUUUGCCGUGUUCAAUGUUCAUCAAGAAAAUGGAAUAAAUUUCAACGAGCAAGUGUGAAGCAUGGUUAUUAUA